GCGAUAAGGGAAAGACAGUAGAGCUAGGAGGCUGUGGGAGAGACCCAAACCAAUCCCGUUACAGACGUUUUUUUUUUUCUUUAUUGGUCUCCUCCUGCCGUUGUCCUAAGCAGCAUAUGCAAGACUGCAGAAACGCCUUCGUCCACAUUUUAAUAAUCAGACAAUCAUAGAGACUGGCUGCAGCCUUCUCUUCAGAUGCUGGGAGACAAGGCUCACGGUGUGACUUUGAAGGUUAUGGAAUACACUUAUGAUGACGAUCUGGAAGAGUUGUGUCCUGUGUGUGGAGACAAGGUGUCCGGGUAUCACUACGGGCUGCUCACCUGUGAAAGCUGCAAGGGAUUUUUCAAAAGGACAGUGCAAAACAACAAGAGAUACACGUGUGCUGAAAAUCAGGAGUGUAAAAUCGACAAGACUCAGAGAAAGAGAUGUCCUUUCUGUCGCUUUCAAAAAUGUCUCAACGUCGGGAUGCGACUAGAAGCGGUGCGUGCAGAUCGCAUGCGUGGGGGGAGGAAUAAAUUCGGGCCCAUGUACAAGAGGGACAGGGCCUUGAAGCAACAGAAAAAGGCUUUGAUACGAUCCAAUGGCUUCAAAUUGGAGAGCGCAGCCCCUCCGUCCGCUUCUCCGCUCCACGCUGACUACGGCUUCGGCGGAACCCUGAACAGCAUGCCAGUCAUCCCCAAAAACAUCCUCCCGUCCACCCCAUGCUCUAUCACCCCCACAGACUACGAGGCGAACCUUUAUGCCCCGCCGGCCCUGGGCAUGCAGUCCCAAGUGGCCCUGAGCGGCCAGUACCAAUACACAGCCUUCCCCAGCAGGGUCAUCAAAGCAGAGUGCCCCGACUACACCAGCUCUCCCGAGUCUCUAACAGGAUACGCCUACCCUGAAAUAUACCCCUCGGCCUCACCGCAGCCCCCCAGCCUGCCGCCGCUUGUGUUGGAGAUGCUGCGAUGUGACCCGGACGAGCUGGUGGUCCAGAAUAAAAUCGUUACUCAUCUGCAGCAAGAGCAGGGCAGCCGAGGCCGCUUGGAGAAGCCCAGCGCCCUCAGCCUCAUGUGUCGCAUGGCUGACCAGACCCUCUUCUCCAUCGUGGAGUGGGCUCGCAGCUGCAUCUUUUUCAAGGAGCUCAGGGUGGAAGAUCAAAUGAAGCUGCUUCACAACUGCUGGUCUGACCUUUUGGUCUUGGAUCACAUUUUCAGACAAGUUCAACAUGGAAAGGGAGACAGUAUCCUGCUGGUGACUGGCCAGGAGAUUGAGCUGUCUUCUGUUCUGUCUCAAGGCGAUGCAACACUGUCAAGUUUGGUCCAAAGAGGGCAGGACCUAGCUGUAAGGUUGAGGGUCCUGCAGGUGGACCGCAGGGAGAUUGCCUGUCUGAAGUUCCUGCUCCUAUUCAACCCCAAUGUAAAGCCGUUGGAGAACCAGGCAUUUGUGGUGCGUGUCCAGGAGCAGGUGAAUGAAGCUCUACUGGAGUACACCCUGUCCACCUACCCACAAUUCCAGGAGAAGUUCAGCCAGUUGGUGAUGCGACUGCCAGAGCUUCGCUCCCUCAGCACACAGGCUGAGGACUACUUGUGGUACAUGCAUCUUAGUGGAGAGGUGUCCUGCCACAACCUGCUGAUUGAGAUGCUUAACGCCAAGCGAGCGUGCGUGUGAGGGUUGAAGACUACAUGUUUCACCCUGUUGGUUCUUGGUGAGAUGAUGUGUGGGAUCAAAAAGUCAGUGAUGAAAGUGGACUUGAUGCUAGCUCAUCUUUGGGAGUUUUUAUAGCCGAGAAAGGUUCUUGCGAGUUUGAUGGAGCCACAGCUACUGUACGUUCCACAUUCUUCUGAGCAUUCAGCGUGAAAGUUUGUAUAUUUAUGUGCCCUCUUUAAAUUGGAUCAUAAAGAUUUUGAAUGAUAUCAGAUUUAGUGCAAAUGAACACUAUCCUUGCCACCCGACUCCAAUGAAUUUAAUAUUGCCAACACAAUGUGCUCACUUGCUUCCGACUCGCGAUGACAACCACAGCCAAACGCAUGUAAUGACAAUGACAAAGUUGUUUGAAUGUUGAUAGUAUUAUGGGAUUCUAUUGCAUGCUGACGAAGCGGAUGCUCAACUGUCAUUUAGGAUGGCCCCAUUAGACUGGAACCAUCUUAUAAAUGGUGGCGAUUAACUGUGCACUUUUUAUGACAGAUUUUAUAGCCUCUUUUUAAGAAAUUGAAUGUCAGCGUAGUCUCGUUUUCUAAUGAUCAAAAUAUUGCAGAUUUGUGAUUCUAGGAUUCAGAUGAUUUUUGGUGAUGACAAUACUGAUAAUAUUACAGGUGAGGACAUUCUUUGUAGAAUGUCCAAUUUUAUUUUGUCACAUUUUAUAGUCAAAAUAGUUGGGUUUAAAUCUAUUUAGAUGUUAAUAUAUUGAAGUCACAACAAAGAUUUGUUAAGACACACACAUAAAAUGACCAAAAAAAAAAAACUACCCAGUAGGAGUGAGAAAAUGUGGUAAUAAAAUGAAAUCAGUGGUCAUGGGAGUAUUUUCUUGCAAAUAGAUAUUAAAGUCAGACAAACAGACAACAGAGGCAAAUUAUGACACUUCGCAUUUAGAUUUUCCAAAUGACAUUCAUGUAAUGAUUGGACAUGUGCCUAAAAACAAAGAAAUAUUCGUAUGAUGCAUUGUGGGAACAUAACUUGGGACCAUGAUAGUGGCCUUGUCAGUGUAGUAGUCACUUGAAAACAAUGACAAGACAGCAAUGUGACUCUACCUAACUUGAUAUUUCCUCAGCCAUCAGCUUCAAGGCUGUUGUCUUCUAAAAGGUUUGAAAAUUCUAUAUGAAGUCAACAAUUACAUUUUCAUUUUUUCCUUCAGAGAGGCUCAGUAACUCAGUACAAGUGUUGGUUUCUGUAGGUUUUUGAACUUUUAAUACAAAUGCAAGUGUUUGUCUACUGUAUUUCUAUCUGUGAUAAACUAUUUACACAAAAGAACCAAUGCAAAUUGCUCAACUUUUAAGAAUGUCCUUUACAGUAGCACUCAUGCAGUUGUUGUUUUUAAACAAUGCCAGUGUCCUGUUGCCUAAAUAUUUAUUGGCUUAUUAUAUGUUCCUACGUUCCAAUAUUUUCCAUUUAUGAAGCUUAUGUGGAUAAUAUUGGAAAUCCCAAUAAUGCGUCUAACAGAACAAUAUGCGUUUGUUCUUGGUAGUGCUAGUCAUCAAUGUGGUUGGUAUCUGUGUCAUUUACUGUAUUGAAAAAAAAAAAAGCAAGUUGAAAAGAAACGUUGACUUCUGCGAUGAGAACAUUCAGAGAACACCACAAUACAAAUGACAUGAGCGCUCACUGAAAUGAAGAUGGACGAAAAAAAAAAGGUUCCUAACAUUGUGCAGCACACAGUCUAAAUUUUGAAUGUUCUCAUUUAAAUAAUUGAUGUCAAAAUUUUAAAGAUAUCAUAGACAAUCAUUAAGUUUGCCUUAAUAAGACGGUCACCCAACGAAAGACAUUAAAGACAGCGCACUCCUUGAUUCAUUUUUGUGAAGCAGGUGCGCGUUAACAUGAUGUACUGUACAUGGUGUAUCUUUAUGUUGUGAAGUGACAAAAUGAUUCAUUUAAAUGCUAAAGAAGUUCUCAGCUUUUUUUUUUUGUGCUUUUUUUUUUGUCCUUCAACUCUUUCCCCCUUGUAGUUUGACAGUCCGUCCAAUGUUAGUGUUUUUCAUCCAAAAGACACAGUGACUGACCAAAGCAUUUUGUUUUCUUUCAAUUUUAUUGUAACUGUAUCACACCAAUAAAAGUCAAUGAAAUAAAGCUGCACUUGUGAGUUGGCUAUUUUUGCCGCUUUUCAA